GGUGUGUGUGGCAGCCUUGAUCUGCGUUCUUUCUGGACCGUCAACAGAACGUCUAAAAGUAAUGUGGUACCGCAGAACUUCCAAUGUCUUUGCGUGCGUCGCUUUUGUUAACAGGUGUAGAAGACCGGCGGUCUUCAGCCAGGCCAGGUGGCCUUCCACGAUCACCUCGACGCAUCAUUACAGAGCUGUGAACUCUAAAACAAAAACGCGGGCACAACGAUCUAAUGUCAGGGACAACGUGGUAUCCAAAAACAAGAUCUCUGUUGACUUUGAACAGACCAAAGAAGCCUACAAAAGCAAAAACACUCUCGAGCUUCUAAGAAGCCUGUUGGUUUUUAAACUGUGCUCAUAUGACUUCCUUGUUGAUAAGAAUAGAGAGGUAAUGGCCCUGGGCGAGAAGUUGCUGGGUGUAAAGGUGUUUGAGCAGCUGAUGAAAAUGACGUUCUAUGGUCAGUUUGUGGCUGGUGAGGACCAUGAAGCUAUCAGACCCCUCAUUGAGAAGAACAGGGCCUUUGGCGUAGGAGCUGUGCUUGACUACAGCAUAGAGGAAGAUCUCUCACAGGAAGAGGCUGACAGGAAAGAAAGGGAAUCUUGUAUGCUGGUAUCAGAAAAAGAAAAGCUUGGUCGUCGAGAGAGGAGGUCCAUGGCCCAUCGGAGGUUUGCCGAUCGACGGGACCGUGUAACAAGCGCUCGCACAUACUUCUACGCCGACGAGGUCAAAUGUGACCAGCACAUGGAGAUCUUCAUCAAAUGCAUCAAAGCGUCAGGUGGAAACCCUGAAGACGGCUUCUCUGCCAUUAAGAUGACUGCACUAGGCCGGCCACGCUUCCUGCUUCAGUUCUCAGAGGUGCUCAUGAAGUGGACUCGAUUUUUUGGUUUCCUGGCAGCCCUGCAGGGUGAAGAUGGUCGAGAGGCGCUGGAGCAGAGACUGGACCUGCAGCAGGUGCAGGCGUGUUUGACAAAGCUCGGUGCCGGCGGCGACCUCCAUGGCUGGUUCUCCAGGGAGAAGCGGUGCCCAUCAGGAAAACAAGACUGUGUGAGGGAUGAAGACAAGUGUUUGUUUUUCCUUGCUUCUAAAAGUACCAUCGACAUGUUGGACUGGAAGUGCCUGAUUGAUGAGAGAAUGAGGAUAUCUGAUCUUCUUGUGGUGCCCAACCUUGAGGAAGGCCGUCUGGAGCUCCUUUUUAGUAGAUUCACUGAGGAAGAGGAGAGGCAGAUGAAGAGGAUGCUCCAAAGGCUGGAUGUGCUGGCUAAGCAUGCCACGGAGAACAGCGUCAGGCUGAUGGUCGAUGCAGAACAGACGUAUUUCCAACCCGCCAUCAGCCGACUGACUCUGGAGAUGCAGCGAAUUUUUAACCGAGACAAACCUGUCAUCUUCAACACUUACCAGUGCUACCUCAAGGAUGCGUAUGAAAACGUGUCCAUGGACAUGGAGCUGUCGAGGAGAGAGGGCUGGUGUUUCGGAGCCAAGCUUGUCCGGGGGGCGUACAUGCACCAGGAGAGGAGCAGGGCUGCGAAGAUUGGCUACGAGGACCCCAUCAACCCUGACUAUGAGACCACCAACCACAUGUACCACAGGUGUCUGGACUGUGUGUUGGAAGAGAUUGUGAAGAACAGGAAAGCCAAUGUCAUGGUGGCAACACACAACAUAGACACAGUGAAACACACACUCCAGAGGAUGACUGAAAUGGGUCUGGCACCAACCGAUAGGAAGGUUUACUUCGGCCAGCUAUUGGGGAUGUGUGACCAGAUCAGCUUUCCACUGGGUCAGGCGGGCUACCCUGUGUAUAAGUACGUGCCGUACGGGCCGGUGAGUGAGGUGCUGCCCUACCUGUCACGGCGGAUUCAGGAGAACCGGGCUGUUCUAAAGGGCGUGCACACUGAGAGAGAGCUACUGUGGAAGGAGUUCAUGCGCAGACUUGCCAAUGGAGAGCUCCUCCAGAGACCCUCUCUGUAAAAAAAAAAACCCUGUUCUGUUAUUCAGGACGUGUCAUGCUGGGUUGAUGCGGGGAGGCCAUCGAGAUGAAGAGCUUGGUGUGCGCCUUCAUGAAUGUGAUGUCCAGUGUGCAUGACCGACCCUCCCACGCCACACUGCUGUCUUUGCUUGGAGCUUCACUUCUGCCUUUUUACUGUCAUGCUGAUUUAUUUUCUGCUUCCUCUGUGACAUCUUGAAAGUGAAUGAAUUUUGCACAAUAAUUAAUUGAGGAGGCGGGACUGGACUGAGCCGAACUGAAUUCGGUGAGAUUGCGCGGUAUGUUAUGUGUCGUAUCGUGACUAUGCUUUCUCUGGAAUGUAUAAUGCCCUGACAGCCUGGCUGUCAUUACCGCAAUGACACAUGGGAUCUGGUCCAUCUGAGUCAUCCUGUUAGGUUUUGUGCAGGAGGCAGAAAGAGGCUAUCCUCACUCCUCACCUACCAAGCAGAACAGCAUGCUAGGAGUCUCUUUCAGUCUGGUUGCCACCGAGGGCUGUUUUUAAUAGAAGACAGACAAUUAAUUUAUUC